CUCCUUUUUGCUGGUUAACUCUACUGAUGUGUCUUUGAUCUGGUGUCUCCAUAGCCUGGGACUGCCAGGAAGUAGUGAAAAUCAAGAAUCUGAUGCAGAUCGAUGCAGGACUGGGGCAAGUGGUUGCUACGAACACAAGUCAAAUCCCCUACUACCUGGUAGGUGAUAAAUGGAUCCGCCUGCCUGAUUCCCUGAAGCAUAUCACUGUAGGACCAGCAGGGAUCUGGAGUAUCAACAGCGAAACCAAAAUCUCCAAGUAUGUGGCCGGUAACUGGGUAACUUACCUUUUUUUCCAGCUGAAUCUAAACUGCCAAAACAAGGGGUGGAGUCACAUUGACGGCAAGCUCUCCAUGAUUGAGGUGGCAACUGAUGGUAGUGUCUUUGGGGUCAACUCUGCGGGUGAUGUUUUUACCAGAGACGGCAUCACAGCCAGUAAACCAGAGGGCACCGGAUGGAGCAAUGUCCCAAUGUACAUGCCAAAGAAACACGAGACCUACGACCUAGGCCGUCUUUGGGUCGUCUCCAAGACUGGCGUCACCAUGGUGUGCACACAUUAGCCUCUCCUCUGCAUCUGAAGGCCGUUCGGGAUCUGUCAAAAGUUCACUUGCUAACUCAUUGAUCUCUCUUUUCCUGGAACAGCCUUCUGCUUGAGAAUUGAGGACAUGAAUUCAUUAGAAUCCUUCAUUCAAAAAAAAACAACGUUUGCUUCAUUCGAAAAACUAUAUACUUUUAGUACUUUAUCUCUAUCAAUAGUAAUCACUGACUGUACUGAAGUUUAAUUUCUUUUUUAUCAAUGUAGAUGUUUUCUCCCACAAAACUAACCACCAACAGCCUUAUAAAAGAUGUAUUAUUUUCUUGAUGACUCCUUGAUUAACACUUAAAUAGAGGUUUGCUGUGGCUGCUUUUGAUCGUAGUGUAAAAACAUGUACCUUCCAAUGUCAUCAAUAGAGUUGAUGUAAUCCUUGGCAUUGCUUAUUACCUCAUAUUAUAUCAUCAUGUCCCACAAAUAAAUCUAGCAUUCAUUUUUAAACUAAUGUCUGUUUUGAACAGAGGAAUAAGGUUACUCUACAAAGACCAACUGAAACUUGAGAGAUGUGUUUUGUGAUUAUGUUUUUUUCCUAGCACCACAUGGAUGAUUCAAAUAAUCCAAGCUUGAUGAGGAGUUGU